AUGGCUGCUGCUUACUUGCUGGCUCUUCGUGAUUUCACUUUGAUUAGUGUUUGGCCGCAGCCUGCACGAAAGUCUGAAGAAGAAUCUGAUGAGUGCUUUGAUGACCAUGGAUCAAGAACAACAUGCACAAAUAUAAUCGGUGUGUCUCCCAUUACAACGAUUCCGUAUGAUAACUCGACUGGCUUCCCGCUGCGCGCAACUGACGGAAGGGAUUAA